UUGACUCCUAACGGUCCGUUUAUGCUCCUACUAUAUGACUACUCGGUGCGUCCGAAGAGCUUGUCCGUCGUUCUUAUUUAUACCUUCCCUUCAUCUAGUCCCACUCCAACGCUGAAUGCUUCCCCCUGUGUUCCUUCUCUUCCUCUAGAUAGAUUCUUCUUACCACUCGCCCAAGGAUACACAACACUAACUCACAAGCCAUGCCUCCCUCUGCUGCUCCACCAACUGUGCCCAAUGGCAGAGGCGAUGCCGACCUGACCUCUGCUGCCGUUGAGCACAUCAUGGCCGAGAACGGUCUAUCUACCGGGAGCACAAACGGCCACCAACACAUCCACACACCAAGUGGGCACGGGAGUGGCGUGUCUCGUCCGAACCUCCAGGACAUAGAUGCCUCUAAGUUGACCUAUACUUUCACCACGCUAUCCCGUGGCGUCCCGCCCCCCGAUGUCCACUCGAUCGAUGGCGCUACGGUCUGCACCGACCACAUGAUCACCGUUAAAUGGACAUCCAAAUCCGGCUGGGAGACACCCGAGUUGAGACCCUACGGCCCCCUAGCUCUUAUGCCCACCGCUUCCGUGCUUCACUAUGCGACCGAGUGCUUCGAAGGUCUCAAGGCCUAUCGCGGGUUUGAUGGAAAGUUGCGUCUCUUCCGGCCCGAUUGCAACGCUGCCCGUCUCCUCACGUCAUCUUUGCGCAUAAGUUUACCAGCCUUCUCUCCUGCUGAGGUCGAGAAAUUGAUCAUAGCACUGAUGGCUGUCGAUGGACCCAAAUGGCUCCCCCGCGACCGUCCCGGCAGCUUUAUCUACCUGCGUCCCACCUUUAUCGGAACGCAGGCUCAGCUUGGCGUGCAGGCGCCGUCCGAGGCCCUUCUCUACAUCAUCGCCAGCUACAUGCCCAUCCUGGACCGUCCGCCGGGGGGUUUGAAACUUCACACAUCGCCGGACGACAUGGUACGCGCUUGGGUUGGCGGCUUCGGAUACGCGAAGGUUGGCGCCAACUACGGCCCCUCUCUCCUAGCAACCGCAGAAGCCCGUGCCAGGGGAUUCGGCCAGAUCUUGUGGCUUUAUGGUAGCGAGGCCUAUUGCACCGAGGCCGGUGCGAGCAACUUCUUCGUCGUCUGGAAGAACAAGGAGGGAAGGACCGAGUUGGUCACGGCACCAUUAGACGAUAGGCUGAUCCUUCCCGGCGUCACUAGACGUAGCGUGUUGCAAUUUGCUCGUGAGCACCUCGCUGGUGAGGUUGAGGUGGUAGAGAGGCCAUACACAAUUCAGGAUGUGAUAGACGCCGACUCGGAGGGCAGGCUCCUGGAAACCUUCGCAGCUGGUACAGCGUAUUUCGUUUGUCCCGUAUCGCUCAUCCACCAUCGCGGGCAAGACAUCCAGAUUCCUAUGGGCAAGGCGGGUGAAGGCGGUCUAUACAGCCUCAAGCUAAAGAAAUGGCUCGCAGAUGUCAUGUACGGAAACGUUGAACACCCGUGGGGCGUCGUCGUGCAAGAGAGGCGGUAAGCCGGGGACCCCGGCGACGACGACGACGACGACGACGACGACGCGCCGCUGUGGUUGCAUGUCCGUAGACAGCUUCUCUAGUGGGAUACCGAAUCACCUUCCAAGCCAUCCCCGCCGGUCGUACGAACUUCCCAUCCGAUCGCCCCGCGUGCGGAUAUCCUGUACUAUCGCGUGUCACUGGACGAGGAAUGAUUCGUUACUCAGAGGGAGAA